AUGGAGCUAAGGUUAAAGUAAUACAGCGGAAAAUAAAUACCACCCAGCUUAUCAAAUAGCAAGAUGAAGCUAUCAAUCACUACUGGGUAUAUUGAUUAAACAGUACUUCAAAUGUGACUUGCCUAGGUGCUAGAGGUUGAUUUCGGCUCCCUCUGACUGUUUUGACUCUGGUUCUCCAGGCUUACUGACCCAAUUCCCCCCCCCCCCCAUCAGGUGGUGAAUCUCCAUGGGGGCCUGUCCAUUGAUAGCGUGGCCAGACUGGAGCUGGAUACAGGAGAGGCUCUGGAGGCUCUCCACUGCUGUUUGGACCCCUCCAUACUGUCUAUCUUUGAGGACACACCCACAGGAGAGGUAAGGAGCCAAGGACAAAGGUCAAAUCACACCCCGUUUCCUAUAUAGUACACUACUUUACUUUGGACCAGAGGCACAUUUGGAGUAAUUUUACUUUUUGCUAACUGUACAAUAGUUCCAGCUUUUAACGGACUUGUCUGCUACUUAGCUGAAUUAUGUGAAAUUUAACACCCCCAAAAAACGUCUCUCAGAAUAAAGUUGGACUUGAUGAGGAGAACCAGGCUACGCUGCUCACAGCUUUGACGGAGAUCCUGGAUAACGUGGACGAUGAGAACCUAUCCCACUUUGACACACUGCCAGACUCGGACCUACUGUCUGGCCAGAAAGACCGGGAACACUCGCCGGUGAGUCCCAACACACACCAUACACAUACAAACUGUGACCUUAUCCCUGUUUGACAUACUGCCCGACUCUGAACUAUUAUCAGGUCAGAAGGUGAGGGAACACACUCCGUGAGUUCCCAGCUGGUCCUGGCCAACGUGCAAACACACAGCUUGCACUAGGCUUGGGCAGUAUACCGUAUACCAGGGUAUAUGGAAAUAGUCACAGAAUGGUUUUUCAAUACAGUUGAAACUUUUUAAUAUUUGUAGCUACUUAAGUAAAUACCUGCAGUCAACUUCUGCAAUAUGUUAGAAGAUAAAACAGACUGCGUUCUUAAUUUCACCUGUCACAUUAAUUUACAUUGUGAAGCUUACCAUCUUUCCACUAGAUGUUGGAACAUUGCUGUGGGGACUUGCUUCCAUUCAGCCACGAGCAAUAGUGAGGUCGGGCACUGAUGUUGGGUGAUUUGGCCUGGCUCGCAGUCGGUGUUACAAUUAAUCCCAAAUGUGUUCAAUGGAGUUAAGGUCAGGGCUCUGUGCAGGCCAGUCAAGUUCUUCCACACCGAUCUCGACCUUGCUUUGUGCAUGGAGGUAUUGUCAUGCUGAAACAGGGAAGGGCCUUCCCCAACCUGUUGCCACAUGUUGCCACAAAGUUGGAAGCACAGAAUCGUGUAGAAUGUCGUAUGCUGUAGCGUUAAGAUUUCCCUUCACUGGAACUAAGGGGCCUAGCGCGAACCAUGAAAAACAGCCCAAGACCAUUAUUCCUCCUCCACCAAACUUUACAGUUGGCACUAUGCAUUGGGGCAGUUAGCGUUCUCCUGGCAUCCGCCAAACCCAGAUUUGUCCGUCAAACUGCCAGAUGAUGAAGCGUUAUUCAUCACUCCAGAGAACGUGUUUCCAAUGGCGGCAAGGUUUACACCAGCCGGCGCUUGCCAUUGCGCAUGGUGAUCUUAGGCUUGUGUGCGGCUGCUCGGCCAUGGAAACCCAUUUUCAUGAAGCAACGGACGAAACAGUUAUUGUGCUGACGUUACUUGCAGAGGCAGUUUGGAACUCUGUAGUGAGUGUUGCAACCGAUGACAGAUUACUUUUACGCGCUUCAGCACUAGGCGGUCCAGUUCUGUGAGCUUGUGUGGCCUACCACUUCGCAGCAGAGCUGUUGUUGCUCCUAGUCGUUUCCACUUCACAAUAACUCUUACAGUUGACCGGGGCAGCUCUAGCAGGGCAGAAAUAUGAUGAACUGACUUGUUGGAAAGGUGGCAUCCUACGACGGUACGGACGUUCUACUGCCAGUGUUUGUCUAUGGAGAUUGCAUGGCUGUGCUCGAUUUUAUACACCUGUCGGCAACGGGUGUGGCUGAAAUAGCCGAAUCCACUAAUUUGAAGGGGUGUCCACAUACUGUUUUGUGUGUAUAUGCAUGCAUGCAUGCAUACAUACAGUGAGGGAAAAAAGUAUUUGAUCCCCUGCUGAUUUUGUACGUUUGCCCACUGACAAAGAAAUGAUCAGUCUAUAAUUUUAAUGGUAGGUUUAUUUGAACAGUGACAGACAGAAUAACAACAACAAAAUCCAGAAAAACGCAUGUCAAAAAUGUUAUAAAUUGAUUUGCAUUUUAAUGAGGGAAAUAAGUAUUUGACCCCCUCUCAAUCAGAAAGAUUUCUGGCUCCCAGGUGUCUUUUAUACAGGUAACGAGCUGAGAUUAGGAGCACACUCUUAAAGGGAGUGCUCCUAAUCUCAGUUUGUUACCUGUAUAAAAUACACCUGUCCACAGAAGCAAUCAAUCAAUCAGAUUCCAAACUCUCCACCAUGGCCAAGACCAAAGAGCUCUCAAAGGAUGUCAUGGACAAGAUUGUAGACCUACACAAGGCUGGAAUGGGCUACAAGACCAUCGCCAAGCAGCUUGGUGAGAAGGUGACAACAGAUGGUGCGAUUAUUCGCAAAUGGAAGAAACACAAAAGAACUGUCUAUCUCCCUCGGCCUGGGGCUCCAUGCAAGAUCUCACCUCGUGAAGUUGCAAUGAUCAUGAGAACGGUGAGGAAUCAGCCCAGAAUUACACAGGAGGAUCUUGUCAAUGAUCUCAAGGCAGCUGGGACCAUAGUCACCAAGAAAACAAUUGGUAAUACACUAUGCCGUGAAGAACUGAAAUCCUGCAGCGCCCGCAAGGCCCUCCUGCUCAAGAAAGCACAUAUACAGGGCCGUCUGAAGUUUGUCAAUGAACAUCUGAAUGAUUCAGAGGAGAACUGGGUGAAAGUGUUGUGGUCAGAUGAGACCAAAAUCUAGCUCUUUGGCUUCAACUCAACUCGCCGUGUUUGGAGGAGGAAUGCUGCCUAUGACCCCAAGAACACCAUCCCCACCGUCAAACAUGGAGGUGGAAACAUUAUGCUUUGGGGGUGUUUUUCUGCUAAGGGGAUAGGACAACUUCACCGCAUCAAAGGGACGAUGGACGGCGCCAUGUACCGUCAAAUCUUGGGUGAGAUCCUCCUUCCCUCAGCCAGGGCAUUGAAAAAUGGGUCGUGGAUGGUUAUUCCAGCAUGACAAUGACCCAAAACACAUGACCAAGGCAACAAAGGAGUGGCUCAAGAAGAGCACAUUAAGGUCCUGGAGUGGCCUAGCCAGUCUCCAGACCUUAAUCCCAUAGAAAAGCUGUGGAGGGAGCUGAAGGUUCGAGUUGCCAAACGUCAGGCUCGAAACCUUAAUGACUUGGAGAAGAUCUGCAAAGAGGAGUGGGACAAAAUCCCUCCUGAGAUGUGUGCAAACCUGGUGGCCAACUACAAGAAACGUAUGACCUCUGUGAUUGCCAACAAGGGUUUUGCCACCAAGUACUAAGUCAUGUUUUGCAGAGGGGUCAAAUACUUAUUUCCCUCAUGAAAAUGCAAAUCAAUUUAUAACAUUUUUGACAUACGUUUUUCUGGAUUUUUUUGUUAUUCUGUCUCUCACUGUUCAAAUAAACCUACCAUUAAAAUUAUAGACUGAUCAUGUCUUUGUCAGUGGGCAAACGUACAAAUCAGCAGGGGAUCAAAUACUUUUUUCCCUCACUGUAUAUGCGUGUGUGUGUAUGUAUGUAUGUAUAUAUAUAUAUAUAUACACACACAGAGCGAGUUCUGGAAAAAGUUAAGAGACCACUGCAAAUUAUUCUUAAAUCAGCAUCUCUACAUGUAUUACAGCCAUUCCAUUCCAGUGUCUGUUGAAUUCCAACACAGGCACACCUCAUUCUACUGAAUUAGGUACUGAUUAGGUGAUCACCUGAACCAAAUCUUAUUUAACGAGUAAAAGUAUAAAAAUCACUGCUGUGGUCAUCACUAUUCUCUUGCAAUAAUACCAGUUGGAUGUCAAAAUCAGUGCUAAUAGUACCUCAAAAGUAAUAUUGAUCAAAAAAUAACUAUUGACCAUGCCAAAAGAGUUGAAAAGGAAAGUUCUGAGUGAGGAAAAGAAGGGUUCAAUUCUGGCUUUACUGGCAGAGGGAUACGAAUGUCACUCAACAACCAUAGGAUGACAUCAAGUGACCUACAAAAAGAAUGGCAAACGGCAGCUGUGGUGAAGUGCACGGCAAGGACGGUUCGAAACAACCUCCUAUGGGCAGGGCUGAAGUCGUACAAAGCUAGAAAAAAGCCCUUCAUCAAUGAGAAGCAAAGAAGAGCCAGGCUGAGGUUUGCAAAAGACCAUAAGGAUUGGACCGUAGAGGACUGGAGUAAGGUCAUCUUCUCUGAUGAGUCCAAUUUUCAGCUUUGCCCAACACCUGGUUGUCUAAUGGUUAGAUGGAGACCUGGAGAGGCCUACAAGCCACAGUGUCUCGCACCCACUGUGAAAUUUGGUGGAGGAUCUGUGAUGAUCUGGGGGUGCUUCAGCAAGGCUGGAAUUGGGCAGAUUUGUCUUUGAAGGACGCAUGAAUCAAGCCACGUACAAGGUUGUCCUGGAAGAAAACUUGCUUCCUUUUGCUCUGACAUUGUUCCCCAACUCUGAGGAUUGGUUUUUCCAGCAGGACAAUACACCAUGCCACACAGCCAGGUCAAUCAAGGUGUGGAUGGAGGACCACCAGAUCAAGACCCUGUCAUGGCCAGCCCAAUCUCCAGACCUGAACCCCAUUGAAAACUUCUGGAAUGUGAUCAAGAGGAAGAUGGAUGGUCACAAGCCAUCAAACAAAGCCGAGCUGCUUGACUUUUUGCACCAGGAGUGGCAUAAAGUCACCCAACAUCAAUGUGAAAGACUGGUGGAGAGCAUGCCAAGACACAUGAAAGCUGUGAUUGAAAAUCAGGGUUAUUCCACCAAAUAUUGAUUUCUGAACUCUUCCUAAGUUAAAACAUUAGUAUUGUGUUGUUUAAAAAUGAACAUGAACAUAUUUCCUUUGCAUUAUUCAAGGUCUGACAACACUGCAUAUUUUUUGUUAUUUUGACCAGUUGUCAUUUUCUGCAAAUUAAUGCUCUAAAUGACAAUAUUUGGGAGAAAUAAAAAUGCUAUUCUUACCCAAACACAUACCUAUAAAUAGUAAAACCAGAGAAACUGAUCAUUUUGCAGUGGUCUCUUAAUCCUGUGUGAAAAAUGAAGAAUUCUGUGUUAACGUGACCCAUAAGUUUAACUUGCUAGUUAUCUAAGUGGCUGAAUAAUAAGGUGACGGGGCAUCAUAUUGUGUUGGCUUUCUGCCAUGUUUGAGAAGUCAAAGCAGUUUGGAUAAGUUAUCUGUACAGCUGCCACUGCUAUCAUUUGAUUUCAUUGUGUUUUUUUCUCCUGGCAUCUUUGUUGCAGUUUUUUAGCUCACUGAGGACUAGCAUUUCUUUAGGCUUUAUAUUUUUUUAUAUGCCAUGUAGUAGUGUAUAUGUCUUAGUUAGUCACUUGGUGGCAGAAGGUUGGACACUGAGUAUAAUCUAUUGGAGGCUGAUGGACCCAACUUUAGGAAGCAGGGCUGUCAAAAUGAAUAGGCAACUGGAACUAAUGACAACUUUUUAUGCCUAAACUGUAUUGUGUUGAUUCACUGUUGUCCUAUGUGUGAUUGUAAUGUUUGUUUCUUCUCAUAUUGUAGCUGAGGAGACUGCUGUGCUUGUCCCGCUCGCCUCCAGAGAGGGAGACACUCUGCAACACACGACAGUUCUCCACUGGAAAGGUAGCUCACCUGCUUUCACUACCACCCUGUUGUAAAUGCAUUCAACUGUAUCACUCUAGUUAUUUCGGUAUUUUCAUAUUGACACGUACAUAUGAUUUGAAUCAAGACUUGAAGAUUUCAUAAGACGUAUUGCUUUAAAGUGCAGACACAACAAAUAGUGUAGCUGGUGAGAAAGUCUGCAUAUACAGGUGGUACAGCUACAUUUUAAACCUCCAAGCUGAACGGAGAAAGCCCCAGACGUUGACCAGAGGUUUCCCCUCUCUAUCUAGAGUCUCCCCAGGACACAGAAGUAUGUCCAGAGGAGUGACGGAGAGGAGGAAGAGGACGCAGAGCAAAAGCUCCUGAACUGGGAUGGCCUGAAUCUGCCUCUCCCUCUGGAGCAGCACAUGGAGGAAGAGGGCGAGGAUGGAGAGAGCAUGUCAAUGAGUUUAGGAGAGCUGGUCAGACACAUGCACCCCUACUGCAUGGCCGUGUGCGUGGAGAAUGGAGAAGAGGAAGAACAGAUGCUGGCAGAGAAUAGGGUACUGCUGGAGGUGGUGGACCAGGGAGAGCAUGGAGAAACUAUAUUUGCCCUCCCAGAUAUGGGCCUCUCCCUCUGUCAUCCCUCUUUCUCCCUGCCUGGAGUAGAAGACUUGUCCGAAGCGGAGCAGAGGAUUCCUGAUGAAGUUUUGGAGGCUGCCAUUUUGGAGACGCCAGAGUCUGCGAAUGAUGAUGACGUCGUAGUUGACGAUGCCCCAGAAAAGGUGGCCGGCCCUUCUGAUCCCGCCAUGACCCUGAGGUCAGAGGCAAGGGGUGAGAAGGUCAUCAACAGAAGACCAAAGGAGGAGACUGCAGAGAGAUGUCCAUUUCGAAGGAAAAGGAAACGGAAAAACAAAAUGGAGAAUUCACCUGCUGAGGUCAUACCUGAACCUGACCAGGCAGAGGGGAGAGUCCUGAGGAGCGGGACUAAUGGGAGAGCAGCCCAGGAAUCCUUGCCCUGGAAGCCUGUCAAGGAGACAACCAAACCAGAGAAGAAGAAAAAGGACAAGAACGAGUCAUUAACUUCCGCCAUCUCAUUAACGGCCGCCCCCGAGGCCCGAAAACACAAGAUGAGAGUGACACACGCUGCCGAAACACAACGCGCACAGCGGCAGAGCCAUGUGGAAGUCACCACCAAAACACUACCCACACAACCCAGCAUUAAGGUCAUCCCUGCCUCUGACCCUGUGUUAAAAGUAAUGUCCUCUGACCUGUUGCCAAUGACUAUGACCCCCAAAAAGGUCCCCCCAGCUUCUGCAGCUAACCCAACAGCCUACCAGAUGAUGGACGCCCCCCAGGCAAUGACAAUCAACCCUCCCAGUGCCAACCCUGUAUCAGUGGCCCCUCAGGCAACGAUGCAGCCCAACGUUGCCCCUCUAGUCGCCCCCCAGGUGAUCCCCCAGCUCACUGAGACCCCCCAGGCUAUUGAACCCAAACCCAAGCCCCUGUCCCUCCAGCAGUACCGGCUGCUGCGCCAGCAGAAGAAACCGGCCUCCCUAGAGAGACUGGAGGACCCGAGCACCAAGUGGCCCAUCCUCCUUGAGGCCCCUACAGAGCUGCCCCCCAUCCCCUGCCUCCCCACCCCCUCCUACAGAGACCCCCAUCGCCCCCACCCCUUCCCAGGGAAGAAUGAAGUGGAGGAAGUGAAAUCAGCCUGGCAGCCCAUGGGACCAGGAGCACCUCCUACACCUGAAGCCCUGCUGGUGCCUCCUGCUUACAUGCAGGCCUCCAAAUCAUAUUCCCCUAGCAAGGUUGCUAGUCCAAAUGCAGCCCUUACCACCCCUCCCCAGCAAGCGGCUGUUCCUACUCCACAGCCAUCUAAAGCUAGCCAACUCCAGCCCCCAAUCUCUGCUGUGCCUGCAUCCAGUACUGUGAAGGUGGUACCACCCCAGACCCCCUCCACCAAGGCCCAGACCCCUUCUGUGAAGUGUUGUAUACCCCAGGCCUCCCAGCCUGCACUCUCUAACCCCCUGCUCCAGUCUCAGCUACCCUCCUUGAAGCCUGUGGCCCUUAUCAAAUCUCUGAGCUCCAGUGGAGCCUCUUCUAAAACCACUACAGAUGCCCACAGGCCCAUCUUAAUUGCUGCUAUACCCCAAGAACCCACCCCCGUCGCUGUUACUGUACCCGAGAAAACUUUAAACCCCACCACCGCUGCUGCUGUUUCUGUCCAGAAACCUACCCCUGCUGCUCCUCUGAAGGUGGCUACUACUCUCCAGAAGGGAGUAGUUUCUCUGCCCCAGCCUAGGGUGCCUGAGCUGCCUACAGUUACUCCUGUGUCUACCCCAGCCAAGCCCUCCAACGCCCAGUCCUUCAAACCUCCAGUGAGGUGUUCUCCAGCCCAGGAGGACCCCAAAGCGAGUCCUACUCCGGAGCUGAUGGAGGCCUUCACCAGUGAAAUCGGUGAGGGGACAUACCGGACAUACUACUGAGCCUCUGGUUGCUUGGAUGUUAGAUUUGCCACAUAUCCUUAGAGCUAUUUGAAGCAUGUAAAGUGUUUUCUCCUGGCUGUAGUUGUUGUGGUGUAUUGGUAUAGUAGUGAGUGGUUGUUCUCUCUCACAGGUAUUGAAGCUGCAGACCUCACCAGCCUGCUGGAGCAGUUUGAAGAGACGCAAGGUGAGUGAUAUGGACUCUGAGGUAUUGACACUGGAGUUAUCUCUGGCUGUAGGGGAUAGUUUUUUUUUUUUUUUUUUUUUUUUUGCGAAAUUUCUUCAGGGGUCGCCAUUUAUUUAACAUAUUUCAUGUUUCUUUGACAUUGCUGUUAUUUCAUCUAUGAUGAAGUACCGAAACAUAGCAUUUAUGUUAGAAAACAACCAGGAAUUCUGCAUAAAAAGGCUGACUGUUUCCCGCUGAAAUAUAAUCAAUGUAACCCUUACUCCUAUGGCAUGCUAGUGGCCUAAUGGUCUUGGUGUUGGCUAACAUCUGUGUGACUUGGUGUUAGCUAACAGCUCAGUGGAUCAGCUAGUUCAGUAGUACUAGACUAAAUCUGGCCCCAGGAUCACUUUCACUGGAUUGUGUGAUGGAGAAGUGGUGUGUAGGGUUGCAGAGCAGGGCUACGUCUGGCCAUAAUUGACUGAUGAGAUGGUUGGAGGAAUUUAGUGCCAAGACUCCUAAGCUCCUUACGAAGUCGACGGCUGACCCAAGCAUUUGGCUUUUGCAGGUCGAUCUGGAACGUGCUCGUUGUCUUGUGUGUUUUGGUGCACGUUAGUAGCUUGGCGAAGCAGAGUUUGACGUGUUGGAUUUUUUAUUCAUGGGUUAUCUAAAAAGGGGUCUUCAUACUGGAGAGACACAAUUUCUUUGGUUCAGUGAGGAUGCUGGUUAAGUCUUGGCAUGUAGAAACAUCCCAUUAUCAACUGUUCACAUGUAAGGAGCAGUCUCAGCAGGUUGUCAGUCUGUCAUUCCUGGAGGACUUUCUGUGUUUUUAGCCUAGUUUUCCAUUCCAACACACUUUAAGGCAAUUCAGAGUUCAUUGUUCCUUGUUGGUUACAUCAGAUACUGUUUUAUGAUACAGUGUAUAUUCUGCACGUGAACAUGGUGGUGACAUUAUCUAAUCUAGCUACGUGCCCACCUCUUGCGUUAGAAAGCAUUGGUUUUCAGAUCCAAACAUUGAGGUGGAAGUUGGGAACAUGGGAUAUGGCUGUUUCAGGAGGUGGAUUUUGAGAACAGUCUUCGCUUUUUAGUGACCUGUUGUCAUGUAUUAGCCCCAAGUGGGAAAUUGGGUUAACAUUUUCUACCAUUACUACUUUAAUGUGUGUGAAAUCAAAUUGUAUUCGUCACAUGUUUCGUAAACACAGGGUGUAGACUAACAGUGAAAUGCUUAUUUACAGGCCCUUCCCAACAAUGCAGAGAAAGAAAACAAUAGAGAAAUAAUAUAAAAGUUAUAACGUGUAAUAAUAAAUACACAAUGAGUAACGAUAACUUGGUGGCUAUAUACAAGGGGUACCAGUACCGAGUCGAUGUUCAGGGGUACAAGGUAAUUUAGGUAGAUGUGCACAUAUAACUAGGAAUAGAGUCACUAGGCAACAGGAUAGAUAAUAAGUAGCAGCAGUGUAUGUGAUGAGUCAAAAAAGUUUGUGCAAAAAGGGUCAAUGCAGAUAGUCCGGGUAGCUAUUUGGCAGUCUUACGUCUUGUGGGUAGAAGUUGUUCAGGGUCCUGUUUGUUCCAGACUUGGUGCAUCGGUACUGCUUGCCAUGCAGUAGCAGAGAACAGUCUAUGAGUAGGGUGGCUAGAGUCUGACAAUUCUUUAGGGCCUUCCUCUGACACUGCCUGGUAUAGAGGUCCUGGAUGGCAGGGAGCUCAGCCCCAGUGAUGUACUGGGCCAUACACACUACCCUCUGUAGCGCCUUGCGAUCGGAUGCCAAGCAGUUGCCAUACCAAGUGUUGAUGCAGCCAGUCAAGAUGCUCUCAAUGGUGCAGCUGUAUAACCUUUUGAGGAUCUGAGGGCCCAUGCCAAGUAUUUUUAGCCUCCCGAGGGGGAAGAGGCAUUGUCAUUGCCAUGAUUGACCCUUAGUGAUGUGGACACCGAGGAACUUUAAGCUCUCGACCUGCUCCACUACAGACCCGUCAAUGUGAAUGGUGGCGUGCUCGGCCCUCGUUUCUUGUAGUCCACGAUCAGUUCCUUUUUGUCUUGCUGACAUUAAGGGGGAGGUUGUUGUCCUGGCACCACACUGCCAGGUCUCUGACCUCCUCCCUAUAGGCUAUCAUUGUCGUCAGUGAUCAGGCCUACCACCAUCGUGACAUCAGCAAACGUAAUGAUGGUGUUGGAAGCGUGCACUGCCACGCAGUCGUGGGUGAACUGGGAGUAUAGGAGGGGGACUAAGCACGCACCCCUGAGGGGCCCCUGUGUUGCGGGUCAGCAUGGCAGAUGUGUUGUUGCCUACCCUCACCACCUGAGGGUGGCCCGUCAGGAAGUCCAGGAUCCAGUUGCAGAGGGAGGUGUCCCAGGGUCCUUAGCUUAAUGAUGAGCUUUGAGGGCACUAUGGUGUUGAACGCUGAGCUGUAGUCAAUGAACAGCAUUCUCACAUAGGUGUUCCUUUUGUCCAGGUGGGAAAGGGCAGUGGGGAGUACAAUAGAGAUUUCGUCAUCUGUGGAUCUGUUGGGGCAGUAUACGAAUUGGAGUGGGUCCAGGGUGUCUGGGAUGAUGGUGUUGAUGUGAGCCAUUUUAUGGCGACAGAUUAAUGAUUAGUUAUUUAGACAGGUUACCUUGGCGUUCUUGGGCACAGGAACAAUGGUGGUCUGCUUGAAACAUGUAGGUAUUACGGACAGGGUCAGGGAGAGUUAAAAAAUUUCAGUGAAGACAAUUGCAAGCUGGUCAGUACAUGCUCAGAGUACGCGUCCUGGUAAUCCAUCUGGCCCUGCAGCCUUUUGAAUGUUAACCUGUUUAAAGGUCUUACUCGCAUAGGCUACAGCGAGCGUGAUCACACAGUUGUCCGGAACAGCUGGUGCUCUCGUAUGGAGGAAAAACCGUCCCUUGCCAUAGGUUUUCAAGCAGAUUUAAGUCAAAACUGUAACUCGGCCACUCAGGAACAUUCACUGACUUCUUGGUAAGAAACUCCAGUGUAGAUUUGGCUUUGUGUUGUAGGUUAUUGUCCUGCUGAAAGGUGAAUUAAUCUCCCAGUGUCUGGUGGAAAGCAGACUGAACCAGGUUUUUGUCUAGGAUCUUGCCUGUGCUUAGCUCCAUUCCCUUUCUUUUUUAUCCUGCAAAACUCCCCAGUCCUUAACGAUUACAAGCAUACACAUAACAUGAUGCAGCCACCACUAUGCUUGAAAAUAUGAAGAGUGGUACUCAGUAAUUUGUUGUAUUGGAUUUCCCCCAAAUAUAACGCUUUGUAUUCAGGACAAAAAGUGAAUUGCUUUGCCACAUUUUUUGCAGUAUUACUUUAGUGCCUUGUUGCAAACAGGAUGUACAGUGGGGAAAAAAAGUAUUUAGUCAGCCACCAAUUGUGCAAGUUCUCCCACUUAAAAAGAUGAGAGGCCUGUAAUUUUCAUCAUAGGUACACGUCAACUAUGACGGACAAAUUGAGAUUUUCUUUCUCCAGAAAAUCACAUUGUAGGAUUUUUUAUGAAUUUAUUUGCAAAUUAUGGUGGAAAAUAAGUAUUUGGUCACCUACAAACAAGCAAGAUAUCUGGCUCUAACAGACCUGUAACUUCUUCUUUAAGAGGCUCCUCUGUCCUCCACUCGUUACCUGUAUUAAUGGCACCUGUUUGAACUUGUUAUCAGUAUAAAAGACACCUGUCCACAACCUCAAACAGUCACACUCCAAACUCCACUAGGGCCAAGACCAAAGAGCUUUCAAAGGACACCAGAAACAAAAUUGUAGACCUGCACCAGGCUGGGAAGACUGAAUCUGCAAUAGGUAAGCAGCUUGGUUUGAAGAAAUCAACUGUGGGAGCAAUUAUUAGGAAAUGGAAGACAUACAAGACCACUGAUAAUCUCCCUCGAUCUGGAGCUCCACACAAGAUCUCACCCCGUGGGGUCAAAAUGAUCACAAGAACGGUGAGCAAAAAUCCCAGAACCACAUGGGGGGACCUAGUGAAUGACCUGCAGAGAGCUGGGACCAAAGUAACAAAGCCUACCAUCAGUAACACACUACGCCGCCAGGGACUCAAAUCCUGCAGUGCCAGACGUGUCCCCCUGCUUAAGCCAGUACAUGUCCAGGCCCGUCUGAAGUUUGCUAGAGUGCAUUUGGAUGAUCCAGAAGAGGAUUGGGAGAAUGUCAUAUGGUCAGAUGAAACCAAAAUAUAACUUUUUGGUAAAAACUCAACUCGUCGUGUUUGGAGGACAAAGAAUGCUGAGUUGCAUCCAAAGAACACCAUACCUACUGUGAAGCAUGGGGGUGGAAACAUCAUGCUUUGGGGCUGUUUUUCUGCAAAGGGACCAGGACGACUGAUCCGUGUAAAGAAAGAAUGAAUGGGGCCAUGUAUCGUGAGAUUUUGAGUGAAAACCUCCUUCCAUCAGCAAGGGUAUUGAAGAUGAAACGUGGCUGGGUCUUUCAGCAUGACAAUGAUCCCAAACACACCACCCGGGCAACGAAGGAGUGGCUUCGUAAGAAGCAUUUCAAGGUCCUGGAGUGGCCUAGCCUGUCUCCAGAUCUCAACCCCAUAGAAAAUCUUUGGAGGGAGUUGAAAGUCCGUGUUGCCCAGCGACAGCCCCAAAACAUCACUGCUCUAGAGGAGAUCUGCAUGGAGGAAUGGGCCAAAAUACCAGCAACAGUGUGUGAAAACCUUGUGAAGACUUACAGAAAACGUUUGACCUGUGUCAUUGCCAACAAAGGGUAUAUAACAAAGUAUUGAGAAACUUUUGUUAUUGACCAAAUACUUAUUUUCCACCAUAAUUUGCAAAUAAAUUCAUUAAAAAUCCUUCAAUGUGAUUUUCUGGAAUUUGUUUUCUCAUUUUGUCUGUCAUAGUUGACGUGUACCUAUAAUGAAAAUUACAGGCCUCUCUCAUCUUUUUAAGUGGGAGAACUUGCACAAUUGGUGGCUGACUAAAUACUUUUUUUCCCCCACUGUAUGUUUUGGAAUAUUUUGUGUUCUGUACAGGCUUCCUUCUUUUCAAUCUGUCAAUUAGGUUAGUAUUGUGGAGUAACUACAAUGUUGAUGAUCCAUCCUCCAUCACAGCCAUUAAACUCUGUAACUGUUUUUAAGUCACCAUUGGCCUCAUGGUGAAAUCCCUGAGCGGUUUCCUUCCUCUCCAGCAACUGAGUUAGGAAGGACGCCUGUAUCUUUGUAGUGACUGGGUGUAUUGAUACACCAUCCAAAGUGUCAUUGAUAACUUCACCACGCUCAAAAGGAUAUUCAAUGUCUGCUUUUUCAAUUUUUACCCAUCUACCAAUAGGUGCCCUUCUUUGCGAGGCAUUGGAAAACCUCCCUGGUCUUUGUGGUUGAAUCUGUGUUUGAAAUUCACUGCUCGACUGAGGUACCUUACUGAUAAUUGUAUGUGUUGGGUACAGAGAUGAGGUAGUAAUUCAAAAAUCAUGUUAAACACUAUUAUUGCACACAGAGUCCAUGCAACUUAUUAUGUGGCUUGUUAAGCAAACGUUUACUCCUGAACUUAUUUAGGCUUGCCAUAACAAAGGGGUUGAAUACUUAGUGACUCAAGACAUUUCAACUUUUCAUUUGUUAUUAAUUUGUAAAACAUUUGAAAAACAUAAUUCCACUUUGACAUUAUGAGGUAUUGUGUGUAGGCCAGUGACACAAAAUCUCAAUUUAAUAAAUUUUAAAUUCAGGCUGUAACACAACAAAAUGUGGCAAAAGUCAGGGGUGUGAAUACUUUCUGAAGGCACUGUAUGUGCAACAAGUCAUCUCUCUCUCUCUCUCUCUCUCUCUCUCUCUCUCUCUCUCUCUCUCUCUCUCUCUCUCUCUCUCUCUCUCUCUCUCUCUCUCUCUCUCUCUCUCUCUCUCUCUCUCUCUCUCUCUCUCUCUCUCUCUCUCUCUCUCUCUCUCUCUCUCUCUCUGAACAGUAAUUCUUCCCUCAGAUUAUGCAUGUAUGAACUAGACAUUGAAGCAUCCAGCCCAAAGUGAGAGGUUUAAAAAAUACUUUCUUAGUCACCAAAGUACCAUGUCUUUAAACAUUUGGUUUCCAGGGGGGCAGUGCGGGCCAUGAGGAAGGCCAAAAAGUGUCUCACUCCCUGGGUCAGAAAGCUCAUAAUUAGCUGGGUCAUCGCAAGCACCAGCUGCAGUGUAGAUACUACCAUGACCUGGUAGUAUAUGAGGAGCUGUAGGUCACGGGGGCAUUUGCCAAAGUCGUAGGAGAAAGCAGUUUAGGGACAGGGACAGCACGUCAAACUAAUUGCCAAAUGUAUCCAAAGAGAUGAAUUAAUGAAUUAUCUGAAUUAAUGAAUACAAUGAGGAGCAGGUUACAACAUUCUGGAACACGUGAUGUUAUAAUCAGAUUCUUCUAUUACAUCAUGUUGGGUCCAUAUCUUGUGUAUGUUUGACAGUGAACAGUAAACCCAAUUCACUUUUACAAAGCACAGCUAGCCAACUAGUAGUUUGACUUGUAAUUUGUACUGCCUACUUUUGAAAGACGAUUUCUUUAAUCAAAAUGGCACAGCUCUCCCAGAAGGGUGGGCUGUGCAACAUGAAGAUGUUAUUGUUGGCUGUUAUUUCCCUAUGAAUGUGUUGUUGGACAAUGGUAACCGUGCUACCCUACCCCCUUCCUCCAUCCCUUGCUUUUACUCAUUCUUUCUCUUCCCCCUCUCUCCAGCUAAAGAGGAGCAGUGUGUUCCGGAGGUCUCUGGUAGAGCAGCCGCUGUAGGAAACUCUAGGUGAGUUACCCAACAGCCCCAUUCUGUGUGUAUGGAGAGCCUUCGCCAAGACCUACCGAAGACCUUACUUCUGACCCCACAAUCGGCCAAGCACUCCACCAUUUAUUUGUGUGUGGCAUUUUCAAUGUUUUUUUUUUCAGCAGUUCCAAAAUGUUCUACUGUCCUCAUCUGUGUGAUUUCUAGACUAAGCCAUAGGCUCCUCUUAGAAGUGUGUACAUGUUCAAUAAAGCGGUGUGUUUGUUUCUAUCGUAGUGUGGCGCAGCCAUUUGACAGGACCACUGUGGAGAGAGUCCGAGCACAUGACCUGACCAGCACUGCAGGUACGAACUACUGUACACACACACCGGUCACCCUGUUAGCUGCUAAUGUACAGUGCUUAUGCUAAUCACACACUACUAUUACUAGUCAUACACCAAUCAAAUGUUAAUUGUACACUGCUAAUUAACUGCUAAUACUAGUCAUACACCAAUUGCCCGGUACCCUGCAAAUGCAAAUCACACACCGCUAAUGCUAAUCACAUACCAAUCACCCUGUACAUUGCUAAUGCUAAUAAUACACUGCUAACAUACUAAAAACAUGGCAGAGGUUUACAGCGCUAACCAAAAUCACGCUGAUACACAAUGGAGUAAAUGAAAAGUUGGAACACUUGCCUGUUUCUCUCGAUAAAAUGCUUGAUAUCCAUUAUUGCCUUACGAAAUCUACCUUCAAAUGGCGGACAGAGGAAUUCUGCUUCAGAUUGAACAGUAGCUGACUACUCCGUUCCGUUCUCUUCCCAGGUCUGACCCCUCCAGCUACCCCUCCUCACCAGAUGUGGAAGCCCCUGGUUCCCGUUGCCCUCCUUGGGAAGAGCCGAGCCAUUGAGGCCCCCAAACCAUCGCCCUCCAAGGCCAUCCAGAUCGACGCACGGCCCCUGCCCUCCAACAAGUUCCGGAGCAAGCCCCCCAGCCCCGCUAUAACUCCCAACCCAGUAUCUCUCACCCUGGCCUUCUCAGACCACGACUACUCCCUCCCUGAGAAGGAGCCCAUGGCUAUUGCAGGAGAGCCAGGCAAGCGCUGGAAUGUCAAACAGCAAGCAGCCAUCACCAUCAAGACCAUCGAGCCACUUAGCAGCAACACAACCAGGGCACCCCAGAGGAUCCCUUCCCCCUCCCUCCAAACCCUCACAACUGCCCUGGGUACGAAGACCCAGCAGGCCCCACUAGUUCCCCAGCCCCUGGAUGUAAGGACUGACAGGACUAGCUCUGUGCUGGAGACCCCUGAUGCCUCUCCCACCAGGCUGAAGGACCAGGCUGGUCCCCUGGAGAGGAGUCUCAAGAAAGGGAGGUCUUCCCGGGGCUACAAUACUACCUUCUCCCCCAGGCCUAGCCCCAGCCCCAGGGAAGCAAAGCGAGGAAGGGAGAGUAAAAGGAGAAUCCACUGUUCCUCCAGCCCUGGCUCUACUGGCUCGGAGUCAGACUCUCACUCCUCUUCUCCGUCUAGAUCUCGCUCUCCACCCAGGAAGAGGUGAGAUGCUCAUCCCCUCUUUAUUUCUGUCUUAAAAGCUAUCCCCCCCCUGUCACUGGGCAAGGCGGUGUCCUCUAAUGGCACUGAGUCUUAUAUCUGGCAGGGGGAGAGCGAAUGUCCAUAUUCAUCCCAGUCAUCUCUAUUCAGUGAAGAAAAAGGCUGGUUCAUGCUAUGGGCACAGAUGUAUAGUAGUUGUAUCUCAUUUGAGAAUAAUCUCUGUCCUCCCCCAUCUGCUACCAAUGUAGCAAUCAUCAAGGUGAUGUCAUUGGCUUAAACCAAUAUGACUAAUGGCGAUAUCCAGUCUGUCCUAAUCUGACAUCACUGACAGAUUCCCUUCUUCCAUCCCUUCCCUCUCUCCUCCAGGUACAGGCCUCGUCACUCUGAGAGCAGCUCCAGUGCCUCGUCUUGCUCCUCCCGCUCCUCCUCUCCUUCCCUGGCCCACUUUCCGAGGCACCGGCGAUAUUCCUACUCCUCUUCCCGAUCAGGAUCCUGGAGUAGGUCCCGUUCCCGCUCUCCCCACAGACGGGCGUGGAGCAGAGGCAGCAGACAACGCAGGUAAUUAAAGCACUUUCCUCAUAAACAUUUUUUCCAUGGUAUUGGUCAAUUCUGACUUUUGAAAUUAACCACAAAUGCAUGCAUGCAGUGCAGUCAGAUCAGUGCAUGUCCUUCUGACUACUUUGGACAGGAUAACAUCACAGGAUAAGUAUUCAGACACUUUACUCAGUAUUUUGUUGAAGCACCUUUGGCAGCGAUUACAGCCUCACGUCUUCUUGGGUAUGACGCUACAAGCUUGGCACACCUGUAUUUGGGGAGUUUCUCCCAUUCUUCUCUGCAGAUCCUCAAGGUCUGUCAGGUUGGAUGGGGAGCGUCACUGCACAGCUAUUUUCAGGUCUCUCCAGAGAUGUUAGAUCUGGGCUCUGGCUGGGCCACUCAAGGACAUUCAGAGACUUGUCCCUGAAGCCACUCCUGCGUUGUCUUGGCUGUGUGCUUAUGGUCAUCAUGUUGGAAGGUGAACCUUUGCCCCAGUCUGAGGUCCUGAAUGCUCUGGAGCAGAUAUACAUCAAGGAUCUCUCUGUACUUGGCUCUGUUAAUCUUUCCCUUGAUCCUGACUAGUGUCCCAGUCCCUGCCGCUGAAAAACAUUGCCACCACCAUGCUUCACCGUAGGGAUGGUGCCAGGUAUCCUCCAGACGUGAAGCUUGGCAUUCAGGCCAAUGAGUUCAAUCUUGGUUUUGUCAGACUAGAGAUUCUUGUUUCUCAUGGUCUGAGAGUCCUUUAGGUGCCUUUUGGCAAACUCCAAGCAGGCUGUCAUGAAGCCUUUUACUGAGCAGUGGCUUCCGCCUGGCCACUCUACCAUAAAGGCCUGAUUGGUGGAGUGCUGCAGAGAUGGUGGUCCUUCUGGAAGGUUCUCCCAUCUCCACAGAGGAACUCUGGAGCUCUGUCAGUGACCAUCGGGUUCUUGGUCACCUCCCUGACCAAGGCCCUUCUCCCCUGAUUGCUCAGUUUGGCCGGGCGGCCAGCUCUAGGAAGAGUCUUGGUGGUUCCAAACUUCUUCCAUUCAAGAAUGAUUGAGGCCACGGUGUUCUUGGGGACCUUCAAUGCUGCAGACAUUUUUUAGUACCCUUCCCCAGAUCUGUGCCUCGACACAAUCCUGUCUUGGAGCUCUACGGACAAUUCCUUCGACCUCAUGGCUUGGUUUUUGGUCUGACAUGCACUGUCAACUGUGGGACCUUAUAUAGACAGGUGUGUGCCUUUCCAAAUCAUGUCCAAUCAAUCAAAUUUAGCACAGGUGGACUUCAAUCAAGUUGUAGAAAUAUCUCAAGGAUGAGCAAUGGAAACAGGAUGCACCGGAGCUCAAUUUGAGUCUCAUAGCAAAGGGUCUGAGUACUUAUGUAAAUAAGUUAUUUCUGUUUUCUAUUUGUAAUAUAUUUGCAAAAAUUUCUACAAACAUGUUUUUGCUUUGUCGUUAUGGGGUAUUGUGUGUAGAUUUGAUGUUUUAUUUAAUUAAUUUUAGAAUAAGGCUGUAAAGUAACAAUGUGAAGUGGUCUGAAUACUUUCCGAAUGCACUGUAAUUUAGCUUCAUGGAUACAGAUGUUUUAAUGAUUUAACAUUGACCACGUCUCUUAUUCCGUUUCUUCCCACAGCCCCUCUUUCAGAGCAGUCUACCGGCCUGAAUCUAGAGAAAACAUUGAGGUGGUGAAGAGACUCAAAGAGAAAGCUAUCGUGAGUACAUACUUUUCUAUCAAAGUGAAGUUGGCGAUUGUGCCUUUUUCAGGGAUUUCUGCCGUCUGGGCCAAGUAGUAACCUCUAUAAGAGGCGUCUGCUCUUCAGUGAUGAUGAGUUGGAACAGGACACAGUCUGUCUCUGGGGGUCACUGGGUCAAGGUCACGUUCUGUGUCUCUGGGUUCAGUUCCCCAGAGCAGUGUGUUCUUUUCAGUUGAUGACCGAUGCAUUUGUCUGAGAAGGGCCCCCCUUGAAAUAAAGGGGGGGGGAGAGUGUAUGUUUUAUUGAAGCCAAUAGUUCCUUGAAUGAUACUGCGUGUGUUCUUGCGUGUGUGGUGCAGAAAAUUGUCAGCUUACUAAUGCCGUUCUCUCUCUCCCCUUAGGAGGAGCGUAGGGUUGUUUACGUAGGGCGAAUCCGAGAGACAAUGACUCGUAAAGAGCUGAAGGAACGCUUCUCUCUGUACGGAGAGAUUGAGGAGUGCACUCUACAUUUUAGAGGCCAUGGGUAAGUACUCUCAAACACCGGUCAUGUUUUGUUAAAAUAACGAGUAAUACCUAAAACCUGUUCAGUAGGCACGAUAUGGAAAACAUUUUGAAACCAAAAACGAUUGUAUUGAAAAGUAAAUCUUACCUAGGGCUGUUACCUCCACACCGGCAGUCACGAGUCAUGAUUCAGUCAAAUUCCACGUGACCGUUGAGUCACGGUAAUGAGGCUUCUCCAAAACUGCGCUCUAAUGCUGCUGUUGGCAAUUAGCAGCCUACCAAACUUGCUAACUGCCAGUCGCUAAUGGCCUUGUACUCAAUAUUUAUUGUCCCUCUAAUCACGCUGACAUCAAUGCAAAUGCAAUGGAAAAUCAAAUCAAACAUAUUCAUGAGAGCCCUGGCAUUGAGUUUGAGCGGAAUAGGAUCACCUGUUGUGUAGCGAGAGCCAGCUCCUCAUAGCUGGUUGAUGCAUGCAAUUAAAUAAGUGGUCCUAUAAGCCCAUGUUGUGCAACAUUUAUAUAGGGUAUGCAAUUGCGUGAGAACAGUUUUGAUGGCCUCUAUUAAAUAGAGGAUCCCAUUAGCUUUCUAUAGGCUAGGCCUACUAUAUUUAUUUCUCAACUUUCCUAAUGUUGAUAAUAUUAAGCACAACCAUAGUAGCCUACCUUGCUGGCAUGAAAAUUAACCGCGGCAAAAUGUCCUCCAUUCGCUAUUCAAGUGCAUACGGAUGACAUGUCUUUGUUUUGCCCCUGUUCCGACAGGUGCAUAAUGGCCCAUUCUAAAUCAAAUGUAAUUUCACACAUAAUAUUGAGUAUAUGUAAAGAUUAAAUUGAAUAGUCUGAUGGGUGAGAAUAUUAUCACUUGUGAAUUAUGCCCAGUAAGGCAAACUGCUCAAUCAUUUUUUUAAACGACUUUUUAAAACGAAAGUUGCAUCAUGUAGCCUAGCCCAUAGGCCUAUGUUUUGAUAAGGUUUGUAUCACAACUAAAGUGGCCAAAUAACUCUAAGCGUGGCCUGUAGGCCUAGGACCUCUGGAACAGGGUUUGAGAGCCCAUAGCUUACAGAGCCCAGGGAAGUGUGUUCUUAUAAGUCAUUGCGCAAUUGCGUGUGAAAAGUGUUUUGACUGCUCACUAUUUAAGAGGAUCCCAGCUUUCUCGUCCUGCUAUAUUUAUUGCUAAAUUCUUAAAAUUAAGCACAUUAAUCCGCUUUACGACCGGUGAAGCCUACUUGGCAUAUUAAAAACAUAACAGCACAUAUUCGCUAUUCGAGUGCAGGCUACAGAUGACUUUUUUUGUGGGCCAUUCUAAAUAAGAAAUAAUCACACACAUAUUAGUAGGUUAUAAGUAAAGAUUAAAUUGAGAAUAGUCUGAUGGGUGAGAAUAUUAUCAAGUGCUUGUCAAAUUGCGAAUGAGACUGAUGAAGCGUGUGCAGCCUGCACAAGAAACAGAGAAGAGCGCAUGCGUUUUUAAUGUGACUUUUUCAAAUCAUCAUUGGUCGCGUCAUGCAGCCUUAGAAUGUAUUAGAAAUCAAAACGCAUAGCCUAAGGUUUGUAUCACAACUAAAGUACCAUAGAUAAUUAUAAAUUAAGCAUAUAGGAGAUUCUGUUUCAAACACAGAAUAGCGGCAUGUGCGCACUCCCAUGGAAAUCAUUUGGGGAAAAAUAUCCUUGUUGUAUUCUUCUUACUAUAAAAUAAUGUCACGGGAAUUAUAAGCAAAUCUUGUCAGCUAAAUAAACUAGUGUAGCCCACAGCCACAUGACAUAGCAAGAGUAGAGCCUAACAUAAGGACGACUCAGAAUAUGCUAUUCUGUUCUUAUAAAAUGGGCUACAUUUUCUUCAUGUUUCUUUAAACCUGCCUAAAAUGAAAAAUGGAUUUAUUGUGAUGGUGUAGGCUAUAUUUAAUGGUUUUAUUGGAGGAAAAAAAAUGUAUUUGUACCAAAGGUCAGCAUUAGUGGCUUGUAGGCUAUGCGUGGAAGCCUGGAUAUGCUAAACGUGUUUAUGUUAAUUAACGGUAAAUUACCGUAAGACCAGCAGUUAUUUGCAUGACGGUUACCGGCUGACGAAAUUGAAUGUCCGCCACAGCCCUAGUCUUACCACCUCCAUCGCUAAACAUUUUGUUAGCCGGUAACCUGGUUUUGUGCUUACUGAAAACAACUUGAAGACACAUUUUCUUCCCAUACCCAGAGCUAACACCUGGGCUUUACAUUUACAUUUACUACAGCAACAACCAGGCUUGUUUAUAAGUGGGGCCCCUUGGCUAAACCACCAGGUGGCUCUUUUAAGAAUUCACACCUCAACACCAUCUAGUAGUGUUCAUGUCACCAAACAGAAUAAAACCGACCAACAGGGAGGGACUACCUUUGUAUUUUAAAAUGUCUUCCAUUUUGUGCCAUAAUGAAUCAACCCUCUUGACUCCUGCAUGUUUAACAUUUGCUAUUCAAUCUCUGUGACAGGGAUAACUAUGGAUUUGUGACCUACUACGAUACGAAGGAUGCGUUCACGGCCAUCGAGAACGGCGGCAAGCUCCGUAAGCCUGACGAACUCCCCUUUGAUCUCUGCUUUGGAGGAAGGAGACAGUUCUGCAAGACGAGCUACGCUGAUCUAGGUAAGACAGGGUUUAUGGAAAUAAUUUGUAUAAAUAAUGAAUGCCAUUUUUUGGUUGUCAACACUGGUACUAGUUGUCAGUAUUAAGAUACAAUUAUCAUAUUUUUAUAUUAUUGGACUGUCAACUUUCUUGGUAUACUUCUACAUCUGAUUGCAGUGAUGCAAGGAUAGCUAGCAAUGGUUCCCUAAAAAAUCCCGCAGGUGAUGCUAAUUAGGGUUGGACAGUAUCCAGAUUUCCAUACUUACCGUUCCUGUACCAUACCAGGGUAUACGGUAUUACUGGCAGUGCAAACAAGGGCCGCUACUUAUUUAGCAAAAAAUGCUAACUAAGUACUAGCGAAUUCCCAUAGCGGAUGCUAGCUAAAUGCGAACAAACUAGUUGCAAGGACAGACCACCAAGCUCAAAGUUGUAUAACUAUCUCAAAAGGGUACUCACACUUUGAUUCUCUACUCUAACCAAGAAGCUUGAUCUUGCAAGCUAUAGGUGGCUAGCUAGCACGUUAGCAAACCAAAUGCAUAGCUGGAGCUCUGGGCCUGGUUUCCCAAAAGCUUUUUAAGACUAAGUUCGUUAGAACCUUUGUAGGAGCAUGCUUAAUCUCUGAGCUGUUUCCCAAAACCAUCAUUUAUAAAGUUGCACUUAAACUUAUUUACCAGCUACCUCAGACCACUCAUAGGACAGCUAAGUGCGUCAAUAGAUCAGUUUUUUUCAUAACUUUUCUACACAUCUCCGCUAAAAAUAUAAUCAAGAUGUUUAUCUGUCUCUUUUACCGCUGAUAACUUCACAAUGAAGUUGACUACAAAUACGAAGUUGCCAAUGUCUUUGCAGUUGUUACAAACAAGGAGGGAUGGGGGUUUGAAAUAAUUUCACUAUUUGAAUAGUAUCAUUCAUUUUUGUCAUAUCCGGAUAUUCGAAAUGCAGUGCAUUCAAAAAGUAUUCAAACCACUUGACUUUUUCCAUAUUUUGUUGGUACAGCCUAAAUUUUAUAUAGAUUCAAUUUAGAUUUUGUCACUGGCCAACACACAAUACCCCAUAAAGUCAAAGUGGAAUUAUGUUUUUAGACAUUUUUACAAGUUAAAUUAAAGCUGAAAUAUCUUGAGUCAAGUAUUCAACCCCUUUGUUAUGGCAAGCCUAAAUAAGUUCAGGAGUAAAAAUGUGCUUAAGUUUUAUGGACUCACUGUGUGCAAUAAUAGUGUUUAACAUGAUUUUGGAAUGAUUACUCUAUACCCCACACAUACAAUUAUCUGUAAAGUCUCUCAGUCGAGCAGUGAAUUUCAAACACAGAUUGAUCCACAAAGACCAGGGAGGUUUUCCAAUAAAACAGACAUUGAAUAUCCAUUUGAGCAUAGAAAUUCAUAGUGGGUACUUCAAAAUACCCCGGUAUACAGUAUACCGCCUAAUACUAAUGUUCUUUCUCUUUUCCCUCCUCCAGAUUCUAACCGCGAGUAUGACCCAUCGCCCGUGACUGGCAAGUUUGAUGCCCUUGACUUUGACACUUUACUGAAGCAGGCCCAGAAGAGGUAACAGAGGUCAGCCCACUGGGGGCACCAUGCUAAGACUAACCUCAGAGCCGUCGGCAGGCUCCUCCCACCUUCAUCGUUGGCUUCGCCUUGACCGAGGGGUGGAUCACAACGAACGGUCCAUACGUUAGCCAGCUAACAUUUUUAAUAAACAUGCAGAUAUAGAUAUUUUCUGGUUCAUAGAAAAGCUACAGUUUUAAAGCUGCAAUCAGAAAAACUAUGAAUUAAUAGAACCUUACAUUUUGGGUUAAGGCAUUGUACGAAGCUAAUAAGGCAUAGUUAUAUUCAAGAGUCAAAUGUAAUCGAUGUCAUUGAUUGAAGCAAUAUCAUAUCUGAAUCAUUAAUCAAACAGUUGAAUUGAGGAAGUCUGCCGUUUUU